GGGCCAUCCGUCCCGAGCAGACAUCAUACCUGGCACAGUCCAGCCUCCGAUAGCUGCAAGAUUGAAGUGCAGGCUUUGGGCCUACAAAGCACUGGCCUUUCCUAGCUUGGACUCACUCCUCGGCGGAGCACUCCUGAGCUACACAACAGACACAGCAGCACAACCCCUGCAGACAUACCCAGCCUCUACUUCAGCCAUGGGACACACAACCCAAAAGCUGAUGCUGGGAGGGGUGCCAGAAUCUCGGGACAUCAGCUCCAUGCUUCAAAA